GCAUUCCUCAAGUUCACGCCGCUGGCCUCGGGGCCACCCAAACUGUGCACAUAAGACAUUCGCUUCUGGACGAGCCCAGACUCAACACGCUUGUUUGUAACCCCAGCAGCUUCAAAUAGCUUGUUUCAGCGAGACAGAACCAGGGAGAAGCAUGCCUGCAGGCGAGCGCUCUGCGCCUGCCGGGCCCAGGGGUUCGCCGGCGGCGGAGCCGUGGCGCGUGGCGUUGAGCGGCCUUCAGCGCAACUGCCAGGCAUUUGGCAGCAACCUGUCUCGCCUGCAGCGCACGGUGGCUGUGCAGCUCGGGCAGUUCCGCCCUGCGGCGCAGCCAGCAGUAGCCAUGCCGGUGGCAAGCCUGAGCCAAGCAGCAGCAGGCUGGAGCGGCUCUGGCGGCGGGGCGGCGGCCGGCGGCGCCGUCAGCCGCGAGGAGGUUGGGCGUGCUGCCUGGACUUUCCUGCACACCCUGGCCGCUCAGUACCCCGAGAAGCCGUCGCGGCAGCAGCAGCGGGAUGCUCGCAACCUGAUGGACAUCCUGACCCGCAUGUACCCCUGCGGCGAGUGCGCGCGCCACUUCCGCGAGGUGGUGCGGGCCAGCCCGCCCGCCGUGGACAGCCGCGCCGCAUUCUCCCUCUGGAUGUGCGAGGCCCACAACACCGUCAACCGCCAGCUGGGCAAGCCGGCAUUCAAUUGUGCGCUGGUGGAGGCUCGGUGGGCAGGCAUCGAGUGCGGAGAGGAGGGCGAGGGCGGCGGCAGCGCAUGUAGCCUGGAGGUGGGGCGGCGGCGGUAG